ACUAAUAAACACAAAAACAGCUGCUUGAAAGCUGUGAUCCGUAAUGCAUACCUAAUUUUCAAUUUCGGAAAAAAGAAUGAUUAGUUUAUUAUUUCAUAUGAACUCAAUUCUUUAUAGGGAACGAGACUGUCUUUCGAAUAUGUUUUCCAAUGAAAAUAAUUGAAGUUAGCAUGACUCACUUUUUAGUUAUUGAUAGAACAACUAUAUUAUCAUUUAGGUGAGGAAAUGAUGGAUCCCUGAAUAAAUGAAUAUGGAAGAAUUCGAGUCUUAUUUUGAUACGUUAAAUUUUCAUUUCACCAGUUGGAAUGAUAUUUUGGAAAAUGAAAAAAUUGAUAUCAGAAGCAAUAAUGGGGAAAUGCUUGAGCAAAAUGUACAAUUGCUUCCCAGGCAGGAUGUUUCAUUAUAUGGGAUAAUUCCUAAAAUGGAAAAAAGAUCAUUCAGCACCUGCAAAGAUUGUCAGCAUGUGUUUAACCCUAGGGAUGUAUUAUUACAUAAGAAUUGUACUGUCAGAGUGAAGUCCCAACAUACACAGCAUUCCAAGAAGAAAGUCAAGUCGAAAAAAAAAUCACCUGUGCCACUUCCGCCUUUAUUUCCAACCGGCCUAGAAGGUGUGUCGCCCCUCGAAGAAUUGAAUACAACAGAGAUACAUCAGAAUUCCAUAUUUAUUGUCAAUGUGAACGAGUUGCUACCAAUAGAUGCCGUUGCCAGCCCUAUGUCAGCAAAACCCUCCCAACUGGUGGAGGAUGUAGGAAAUAUACCGUUACCACCUACACUUAAUUCGAAUACGUCACUGAAGGAACCUUCAACUCACGACAAAACAGCAAAUUCCCAGGACCAAGCAGGCAGUAAAUCUUCAAGUUACACUUAUUCAAAUUUCCAUACUAAUUCCAAAUGUAAGAGAAAGAAAUAUUCAAAAUCACGAGAAUCAGACACAAAAUCACACUCAGGCCCAAAUGAAGAUAAUAAAAGCCAACACGUGAGAAGUAUUAAGUAUUCUAAUCAUACAAGUGAUAACGAUGCUGUUCAUGGUAGUGAGAAAAGCACAAGUGUAGAUUGUAAUUACUCAACUCAGGAUAACCCACAAUCGAUUGCAGUCCCAGUAGUGUAUAUGCCCAUGAGUCCUGUAUCGCCUUUACAGAAUAUCAAUAAAGAAGACUUGGAUUGUAUGGAUACACCGCAACAGGUUUUAACCCCCACCGAUUGUUCACAUCAGAUCUACCUCACCAUCCCAGAGCAAAUAACAGUAAAAAUGUAUAAAACUCGUCCGAAACUAGGAACAUACCCUUCAUACGGUUCUCGUAAUAUAGGAGGAGCUAUUGUUAUUUCCAAGCAGAAGUUAGUCAAUCAGAGAAAAGAUAUUUUAUCUGCAAUUAAUACCAAACACAUAGCUCACGAUAUUUUGUCCAACUACAACAAAUCAAUUUCGCAUCGUAUUAAUGUCGUGAAGGCAAAAACCAACAAAGUGAACUUCAGGAAAUCACCAUUCGACAAGUGUCAAACGAAUGACCUAAAGCAUCUGAGACUGUCCCCUGAUGUGAAUGGCUUUAUAAUUCAUGCUGACGUUCCUGAUGGCAAUGAUGACCAGCAGAAUUCAAUGCACAAUGGGAAAAUAACUAUGAUGAACAUGAAGUGACAAUGGACAUUUUCCGUUUAAUCCUAUGUAAUUAUUGCUUUCACAAUUAGUAAGUGGUGGAGAAAUGUUCACAGCAACAAAUCCUUCUAGAAAGCCAAAGAUCUUAAUCUGGAGUUUUUCAAGCUGUCAGUUGAGAAGCUUGAAAUCGUAACUUUGAUCGGUUAUCUCAUUAAAAAUUGUGGAUUAUUUGAUUAAUUCAGUUUUUCUUACCCUUAUUUCAUGAUAUUAGUUUUGUGACAAGAAUUUUGUUCAGAAAGUAGAUAUGAUACUUUUAUUGACCUUUUUUGUAUCACUAGUGAUAUCUGAAGAUACUUGAAUUUAUUUAUUGAUGUACAUGAAGAAAUGGUUAUCAACAUAAGUUUGUCUAUGAAUUCUGUAAGCGUGGUGAUAGAUUUGCUUGUGUGCUAUAAAAAAGACAUUACAUGACCUCAUGAGAACUUGGUUUUACCAA